UGGUAAAAAGCGACGUCGAACGGUGAAUUAAACACCUUUAACGGUCCUCCGUUUGGUUUUUGUCUAACACCGUUAAUCCUUUUUCUUUCUGGUAACUCCACACACUUUAGUAGGUGUCCUCUGUGUGCCCACUCUCCAUUGUUACACAGUAGAAAAAAUGCCCCACUUUUUCUCCAUUCUUCCACUCAUUUUCUUCAGCUAGAUAGGCGUUCACUUUUCGUCUCAAUUUCUACAGUAGUAUCACACAUGCCUUAGCCAGUUCAGCCUCAGCAAAUUUAUUUUUCGCAUUUUUUUCGCACACAUUUUUAUACGAUUUGGCCGGCGGCAAUGGCGGAUUCCGGCAGUUCCUCCGGCGACAGCGUUUUCACCUCCAGAACGCCGAUUUUCGGGCAGAAGCUCUACGUGCUCAUAAUCGCCACCGUAUUGGCCGUGGUCGCCGUCUUCCUCCUGAUUCUCAUGUUCCUCCGCAAUCGGAGCUCCAAGCGGCGCCGCGUCGGCGUCAACCACGGCUCGGGGCUUCUGCCGCUGGUUGGCAAGGAGAUCGGCUCCGAUCAAAGGCAAGCGAACGAAGUCGCGAGUGAGAAGAAUAAGGUUUUUCUGAUUGCUGACGUGGCGAGGGGUUUGGACAUUGAGUCGGGGAGCAAAGAGUCCAGCACGACUCGGAGCGAGUCGUCGUCGGCAUUGUCGGCGGCGUCCACCACCACCACCACCACCGACGGUAUGGUGAAUUUCGGCUGGGGUAGAUGGUACAGCUUAAAUGAGCUUCAAACCGCCACAAGUCAGUUCUCUGCUGAAAAUGUGGUCGGAGAAGGAGGCUACGGUAUCGUCUAUCGAGGCGUUUUGCACGACGGUUCCGUAGUUGCAGUAAAACAUCUUCUAAACAACAAGGGUCAGGCGGAGAAGGAGUUUAAGGUUGAGGUUGAAGCCAUUGGGAAAGUCAAACACAAGAACCUUGUCGGUCUCUUAGGUUAUUGUGCAGAAGGAGCUCAACGGUUUCUUGUUUAUGAGUACAUCGAUAACGGCAAUUUGGAGCAGUGGUUACACGGUGAUGUGGGGCCAGUUAGUCCUUUGACUUGGGAUAUUCGGAUGAAAAUUGCCAUCGGCACAGCCAGAGGAUUGGCAUACUUACACGAAGGAUUGGAACCCAAAGUUGUACACCGUGAUGUGAAAUCAAGUAACAUUCUUCUAGACAGGAAAUGGAACCCGAAAGUAUCAGAUUUUGGGCUCGCCAAACUAUUGGGAUCCGAGAAAAGCUAUGUCACUACACGAGUAAUGGGAACAUUUGGAUAUGUCUCCCCUGACUAUGCAAGUACCGGCAUGCUUAACGAGGGGAAUGAUGUAUACAGCUUCGGAGUACUACUCAUGGAAAUAAUAACUGGAAGAAGCCCAAUAGACUAUUCCAAACCACCUGGAGAGAUGAAUCUGAUUGAUUGGUUCAAAGGGAUGGUAGCGAAUCGCCGAGGCGAAGAAGUUGUGGAUCCUGUUAUGGAUAUUCCUCCUCCACAAAGAGCUUUGAAGAGAAUAUUAUUGCUCUGCCUUCGAUGUAUAGAUAUGGAUGCGAAUAAACGCCCGAAGAUGGGACAAAUUGUUCACAUGCUCGAAGCAGAUGAAUUCCCGUACCGUACUGAACCUCGUUCUGUUAGAGAUACGGAUCCUCUGCAUCCGCAAGCAUCUGGCAAGAAUAAAAUGCAAUCAGCACAGAAGGAAGUUGUGAAUGAUGAUGAAGGAAGACUUAGGUGGAGAUAAAUCAUUUUUUUUUCUUUUCAUGAUGCAUGAAAUGAAAAAAAAAAAAGGUAUACCUUAUAGAGAACAAAUUUCUGUUUUAUUUAUUUUUCUUGCAAUAUGUACUCGCAUAUAUUUAUAUCUAGUUUUUAAAUUAUGUUGUAAAUAUAGGUACAUUUUUAAUUAUAGUUUGCUUGAUUAUCUCCCCACAAAUUC